AAAUGACGAGGUACAUUUUGGUAAAAAGUAAAACUUCUACAUUUAUUUUGUUGCAAAGCCUUGUUCAAAAGAAACCAGUGACUAGGAAACAAGUUUUGCAGGAACACAACCCUAUUUUUUUCCUUUCAAAUGAGACAAAGUGUCGCAAAAGGUAGCCAUCCCAUGGAUAUUCAUUCCUCCCAUUCUUUGAAUAAGGAGACCGACACUAAAGUCAUUAAAAGCCAUAAAGAGGAAGAUGAGAAACAAACAACAAAAUCGGAUAGUGAAGAUAUCAACUCUUCUAUACCAGUUGAGACAGUGCUAAAAGCGUGUUCUGCUCCUACUUGCUCAGAAUCUCUACUACUUGGUAUUUCCCCUGAAGGAUAUAUGGUUAAAAAGGCUCGCAAUAAUUUCCGAAAGAUAGAGAAAACUUCAAUACAAAAGGAUUCUUGGCAACAGACUUUAGAUGCAGAUACUCCACCAUAUCUGUCACCGCAAAGGAAAGAGUUGAAACAAUCGUUUGAUUUCUAUUGAUGGAUUGAUUGCUACGGACCCAAUUCCUAUGAGAUUCUUUCAACCCAAAUGGCCCAUUCUGAAAUGCUUCGAAUCUUUGUUGAAUACUUUUCAUAAAUUCUUGACAAUUUUG